CUGAACACCCAGAGUGUCUUAGACAACUCUUGCACAUGACUACGCAAUUUAGGUAUCAGCCUUAGAAGUCCUGCACGGCUGUAAGGUAAAUGUCAUGUGGACAGGGAAUGGUGGCGUAGACGAUGAGCCCUCGGCAUUCGCGGCUAUAGCAUGUUGGCGGCCCUGGUUCAAACUCCGCCACCUUUCAUAUCAGCUAUCAACUCCUACACAGGUGCUAAGUCAACAAAUAUCAGUGGUUCAAGAGUCAAAUACUGGAGGUAUCCGGGAGAACACGGUCCGUUCGAGAUGGUAUUCAGAGUACUUAGUUUCUUAGCACGCUUCCCCUGCUACUUAAUCGCUAAUAUCGCUGAUAUCGCUGGUUAAACUUCAUAAAUAUUAGUCUGUAAACUUCCAGAAAUACCUACAAUAAGGAGAUCGUUCUGAUGACUCCUUGCCGGUACGUUUACUACGUCUCGUUUUUCAAAAGCUUCAUUACGCUCUCGAUCUUCCCCAGCAUCUGGAGUGAUAUUUACUGUUGCCCGUGUUUAGUUGUGACGAAAGUAGCCUCUUGUACCUUAGCACUAUAAUAGCUGCUAGCUGCUAGAACUUUGCCACCUGCGCCAAUGGCUUGACCUCAUUAGCCAAAGUGUAGAGCUUCAAAUAGAAUGCACGUUGUUACAAACAAUAGGCACCCAGUAUCAGAUCGGAUACGUUACCCGGACUCUAUUCGGCGUUAACAACUCCGUGCUAAUUCCGUAUUUCGGACAUUAGCAUUCACUGUGACGGCCAUUGGUUUCCGCAAGAAAUGGACGGCG